CUUAUAGGGAAUUCAUUAAUAGAAUAACUGGAUAGCCAUAAUCGAAAAGUUAAACAUGUGUUUGAUGCAUUAAAAUUUUCACAAAUUUUUUCUAAUUGAAAUAACCAUGGAACAGCAAGAUGACAAUUUUGAAGAAAUACCCAUCCACCAUCUUUUUGUGCUUUUUUAAUAAGCAUUUCUGCUUUUUUUUGCUGUGUGUCUUUCAUAGAAAGAGAAAUAUAUUUUGAUGAAUAGCCAAUGGUACUUGCAUAAGCAGAAAGAAAAGAAAGAGGCAAAGAGUAGCUUGGUAAAAUAAAUAAAAGCGGAUGAAGGCAACUAGAUUCUGCAUACGACUGUGACAUUGUAUAUUGAGAUGAGUAGUUAAACAUUUUUCCCAAAUAAUUCUCCACAAAAUAUAUUAUAUGAUAAAUAAUCUUAUCUGGCUCUGUAAUUUUAGCUAAUAUUAAAUUUUGAAAUGGGCCUAACGUUUUAUUCCAUGGAUCUGGUAAUGUUCGAGUUUCUAAAUGAUCUGAGGUCCAAUAUAUUUUCCAAGCUAUAUCAUUAGAAGAAAUAUCCUGUGCAAGACCAUGAAAAUUGGAAAGUAUAGGAAAAGAAACAAUUGUAAGAGUAACUGAUUGGCUACGUGGAAUGUGGGAAAUGAGACGUCGUAAUAGCCCAGUUCAACAAUGGGUUGAUUCUAUACCAUCACCUAUAAAAUCAAGUGUACCUAUCUCAAUUGACGUUAAGUCUAGCACUUCGGUAAUACCUACACCAGCUAAAGACAUUCCAGUUUUAAAGGGAAACUAUUCCAAGAUUCCUACUAUGACUGUAUCAGCUCCUAUAAAUGUGCCUGGCUCAUCAGCAGUCAAUAUGUCUACUAAAAUACCUAGUUCUCUUCCUCAUGGUAGACUUGCACGAGACCAAAGUUUUCAAUCAGAUAGUAGCCAUUGCAGUAGUAUAGAAAGUUUAUUAGAACUGAGAAAAGCAGAUCCUGAAGCAGUUUUACUUAGUCUUGGAUUUGGUGGUUGUUCCAAUAGUCCUCAGGAAAGUGGUCCAUUAUCUCGUAUACCUAAAAGGUUUUUACAACCAUCAAAAUUAAAAGGAAUUGCUAUAAACGACUUUGUUAAACAGCAACAAGAAACAAGUGAAUCAUUUGAUUCCGUAUCUUUGGGAUACAGGGGUCUAACAGGUUCGCCAUAUGUAGCACCAUCUGAAAUAGUCCAAAAAAUUAUGGAACGAUUACGCGAGCACGAAUCACAUGAAAUGGAUGCUUAUGCAAUAUACAAUCCUUAUGAACAAUAUAACAAAAUAUAUCCACAACCCAGACAUUCCGUAUUAUCACCGGACAAUAGACAAUUUUUGGACCAGCCACGAUCAAAAAGCCCCGAUAUGCGUAAUAAGCGCAUGAUUAUUGGACAAAAGUCUUUUGCUUUUGGACAUAAUGGUGAUUUAAUUGAGAUAUGCUUACCAAAUACAAAAAAAACAACAUCACAUGAAAAGGUGAAUGAUCAUUGUACUAUUAACGAUAUUUCUAAAUUAAGAGAAUUAAAGGAAAUGCAUAUAAAGCCAGAAAAAACAUCUAUUAAUAAAUCAGAUGAAUCUAUCAAGAGGAAUUUAUCUGAUCAAUUUAAUGAUAGUACAGAAUUUUUUGGAACUGACGAAUUAUCAAGUAAUUAUUUCGAUGACCAAGUAACUCUUAAUAUGAAAUAUAAAACUAGAGAAAAAGAGCACUCCAAAUCAAUUGCUAUUAUAACAGAGAAAGAUGGCAAUAUUUUCUCUAAACAUGUUGGUACUCGACGUGCUAGUGAAGGAUAUAAUGAAGUUAAUUUAGGAGAGAAUAAUAUCAUCCCAGAUGGUAGAAGAUUUAGUGAUAGUAUAAUCAUGAAAAACCAAAUUAAUGAAAGUUUAUUAGAUAAAAGAAGAGGUUUGAAACGUCAAGCAAGGGUAAAUGAAUUGGAUGCAGAAAGUUUCUAUAGUUCAAACCUAAUAUCUAAAGCAUCGCAAGAUAAAGAAUCUGAAUCUGAUCUAUCAUUUGAUUCAUAUGCAACAUCAGAAAAAAUAAUAAACAUUAAAAAAUUAAAUUCUACUGUAGAAUCUACAGAUGAAGACGAGUGUUUAAGUACAGAAAAGACCAACGAAAAUUACGGUCCAUUUAAUACUUAUAAAUAUUCUCCAAGUGUAAGCACAAAUACCUCAAGUACAUCUACAACGACUUUAUUAAAGACAAAAGAUAAAUGUUGUAAAAAGAAAAAUCGAACUUGCGAUUGCAAAGAAAAAAUAGAUCAUAUUUAUAGAACUGAAGACAUGCAUGCAGAUUGUUGCUGUCAAUUCGAUGAUAGUAAAUGCUGGGAGAAAGUAGAAAAAAUAAUGCAAGAAAAUAAAAAAUUAGAGGAUAUUGUAGCAAAAAGCAGAAUAGAAAUGGCAGAAAUCCGUGAUAUGUUAAAUAAUGUUUUAUCUGUCAGAAUGGAACCUGGUUUUUGAUAGUAUAAUCGAAAGAUCUAUUUAAAUGAAUUUUUAGCGGGUAUUAAUUGUUUAAUAGAUGAUAAUUAUUUAACAGCAUAUAAACAACAAACAAUAAUAUAUUGUAGGAAGCAAUCUAAGAUAUUUUUAAAUCCUUUUUUCUAAAUACUUUACGAAAUCUUUUUUUAUAGAUAAUAGAAAUAAGAGGCUACAAUCUAAUAGAGAAUAACUAAGAUAGAUUAGUUUGCUAAAAAGUUAGUUGAAUUGUCAGCAAUAAACGUGCUAAAAUCUGAAUAUAUAGAAAAUGUUAUAGGCCUAUUAUUUGCCUAUUUUUAUGUGCAAAAAUACAUGUACAUGCAAUGUAUAUACAAAUAUCUUUCAAAAACAAAAAAAAAAAAAAAAAAGAAAAAGAAAUAUAUAUCUUCGCGAUACCGAUUACGUACAUUGUACGUAUAUAUACGCGAUAUGUAGCAGUGUUUUAUUUUUUAAAUGUUAUUAUUUUAAUAUGGGGCUGUGGAUAAAUAGGAAAAGAUAUAUUGCUUUAUUAUCCAAUAUUUUCAAAAUAUGGAUAUUGUUAAAUAUUUUCGUAAGUCAUGAUUUUAGAGCGACAAUGUCUCAAUAUAACAUUUGUGUUUUAGUGUAUACAAUAGUUAUUAUUAUUAAAAAUUUUUAAUAUUUUUAAUCGACACUAAUAAAUUAUAAAUUGUUUUUUUAAUUCAUUAAAAUUUUAUUUAAGUUUAUAUUUGUUAUUAUUAAAUAUAUGCACAAAAGGAUUUUAUAUAUGUAAUUAUUUAAUAUGAAGGUUUUAAUGUCACAUUACAAAAAAAAAUUAAUUUGAUAUAACUGAUAUAUUAGUUAUAUAAAAUAAAAACAAAGGACCAAAAAUUCCAGUCUUUUGUUGAUUCUUUAAAUAUACACUAAUUUAUGUCAAAUCAAUGCUACUAUAUAUAUAGUAGCAUAUGUAUAUAUGCAAUGCAAUCUUUUUAUACGCUUUUUCUUUUAAUAUUCAAAACACACGUUUGCUUACAUUCAUUUAUAAUCUUCCUUACUAAUGUAUAAUCUAUUGGUUCAGUUAAUGUCGAUCAUACUUGAUUUUUUUUUUAAUUAAAUUAUAUUUCAUAUUACGAUUUAAUAUGAUAUAUAAACACAAUUAUGCUUACGUACAGAAUAAAAUAGGAUGAUUAAACGGUUUUAUAUUCACGUUUUAUACUUGUUAAUAAGAUUAUGUAACUUUUAUUCUAUUCUACAUUGACAAUCAAAAUUAUAAAUUAUACUUGAGCAAUAUAAGAACUGUAUGUGCAAGAAUUAUUUCUUGAUUCACCUAGCAUAUUUACAUUCUUAUUUUAAUAGUAUUGGAAAACAUGAUAUAUGUUCUUCCCUAUAUUUUUACACGAAAAAACGCCAUAAAUUACAUAACAUUAUUCAUUUUUAUUAAGAUAUAUGGGGCUCAUGAUAAGAUGUUAAGUACACGAUAUUAAAUAUUCUUGCAAAAUUUAUAUCUUUACUGAUGUUUUUUUUUAUUAUUUUUUUUUUUUUCUAUAAAGACCAAUUUUGCUUUUAUCAUCAGAAGAUUUACUAAUUUUAUAUAUAUACAUAUAUAUAUAUAUAUAUAUAUAUAUAUAUAUAUAUAUAUAUAUAAAAUGUAAAUCAAGAUUAAUUGUAAAUGCUAUUUUCCUUCUGUGAAGGAUAUUCAUGCAUUUACCUUUUUAAAGGUGUCACUUCGUUUGAAAUUGUGAUGAUUUAUUACAUUUUUCAAUCUGCCUACGAAAUAAAGAAGCACAAUGGAGAUAAUUUAAAAAAUUUUAGUUUAGUUAUGAAAUAAAAUAAAAGAUGUAUUAAGAGCACUGUAGAAAAAAGAUAUAAUGUAUAAAUAUGGGAAAACUAAAUAAAGAUCUACUAUAAGAUUUUCUUUAUGCAA